GGCCAGGAUUCAGGAACGCCUCACUCAUAUCGAAACUGAAACAGAACUGCGGUUUAUGAGAGACGGACCAACAGCUGCUGCAGUCAGUCUGUCCGUCUCCUUCAGCCUUCUGGAACUGCUGUCGAGAGGAGCGUGUUCGAUAAGGAAACAUGGCCUCCAUCGGCUUGGUCUGCUUCACGGUCCUCAUCUGCUCGUUCCCCAGUGCUGCAGUCUCUGAUUUUAUUUCAGUGGAUUGCCAUGAAGCCACCGUGGGGCAGUUGGACCGUCCGUCCGUCCUGACGUGCGUCAUCACUUGGGAGGAGGGUAUCACUGAUGUGGUGGUCCGCAGGGUCAAGUGGCAGAAGAAGGGGGAGGACGUUCCGCUGCUGCACUACGGGGAGCCGAUGAUCUCCCGUCCAGGCUACAGCUUCGCCGUGAACCCCUGGACAAACAGGACCAUGAACGUCUCUCUGCUCAUCUCACGCACCACGGUGGCAGACGACGGGGAUUACACCUGCGACGUGGCCUCGGACAGCGGCGUGAGCCAAGGCAGGACGGCCCUCAGAGUGACAGCCAAAUACAGCCAACCAACCGUGGAGUCCAUCCACCAGGGAGCGACUCUGAAGGCUCUCCACUGCGUCUCCGUCGGCGGUUACCCGGCAGGAGAACUCCGCUGGUUCGACGCUGAACGCUACGACUGGACCGGAAGUGCCACAACCGAGAUGACAAAGAUGGACAACGGUCUGUUCAACCUGUCAAGCACGCUGGCCUUGUCGGAGAAAUCCACGUUCCCCAAGUACAUCUGCGCGGUGUUCAACUCCAGCAGACGCAAGGAGGCCGAGGUCAUCUGGGAAAAGGUGGAGGAACUCCCAGAUCACGAUAGAUCCACCAUGAUCCAGUCCUCCAAGGUGGUGGCCCCCCUGGUGGUGAUCGGGUCGCUGAUCGUGGGCUUGCUGGCCCUGCUGGUCUACAGGAGACGGAUCCACCAGAUCCGGAGGCCGUCCACCACACCGCUCAUGGGCCCGAGAAAUGUUCCGACCGAAGACCCGGACGUCGAGGAAGGUGUUCCAGAGGAGGAGGAGGAGGAGGAGAAGGACAACAAGGGCGAAGGCCGAAUGGUCUGAGCGGACGGUGCCGGCGCUGUUUCCUCUACUUCACCUGCCAAUCAAAUCAAGACCAAGGGUGGACUGUUUCUCUCACCACCGAUUUACUGGCACCUCCUAGUCUGCUCUGGCGCUCCUUACCGCCGUACUCUUGAUUAAUGCGCACGCCUAUGUGGUUUCUCAAAGGAACUGUUUAUCUCGCUAUGCUUUGUGGACAAAUACUUUUAAAACCUGGAUGUGAGGACUUGGCCCGAGCGUUUGGGACGAUCGGGGGGGGGGGGAGAGACUUUGGAUCUUUGUCCGUCUCAGCCAGGAACCAGCCUUGGCAGCGCCACCGGGGUUCCUGCUCGCCUCCUCUGUCCCGUCAGUAGUAUUACAAAAACACUGAUUCAGACUCAAGGAAAUGAUGUAAGUUCUUGAUUGUGUGUGUGUGUGUUCACAAACGCUUCACGUUGCUAAUCAUUCAACGCUUGAAUCAAAAGCUCAUAAAGUCCCUCAAUUUUCUGAAGACGUCUAGCGUCGUGGAAUUAUUCAGAGUAACUAAAGCUUGUAGGGAGGAUGGGGAUGUUUCCAACAUCUGGGACCGACUCCAGCGGAGAGAUCGGGAAUCUAAAAGAGCUCACUUGUGAAGCCGAGCCACUAAAUGGUUCACGUGUGCAAGGAAUCUGUCGAGAUGACGAGUUUAUCAUCUCCCAGCUGCAAUAGUUAUGUCAAAAACACAACCGUGAAGUUUCUCUUCAGGUUUUGGGUCUCGUUCUUGCCCGAACCGCUGAGAACAUUUGAGCAGGAUUUCAGAUCCUCUUUAGUUUCUGACCGCUGAGAACCGGAUCACAUGCUGGCAGCUUGUCUUUUAGUGGAAAGUGGUGGAUCAAAGCCAACAAACACUUUCCUUGUUCCUCCUCUUGGUUUGGCGGACGUCCUCGUGUGACUCCCGACAGUCAGUGAUUUUGAACAAUGGUUUUUUUUUACUGGGGUUCUCGAGCUCAUUAAAGUUCGAUAAAAGAGAGCUGUUAAUCUGGAAAACCCUUCGGCCGGCCGUCCGUCCGUCCGUCCGUCCUGGGGUUCCCCUGAAUUAGUCCGGUUCCCCUCAAACCGGCCAUUUUACCUGAGAUAUUCCUGAUGGACCCAGAAGAAAGUGCCCUGGAAGAGGUGCAGGCCCGGUCCGAGAGCCAGAGGCAGAAGAUGUAGCAGAGCGACAACCAGACGAGUCCCGAAGCUGAACGACUAAUUCUGUCGGCUUUGUGGUAAAAACUGGUUGAUCCAAUGUGAUUUUUUUUUUUUUUUUUUUUUUUUUUUUUUUUUUUUUAAAUGUUUUUUUUAAUUGUGGCUCUUGGAAGUCUGAGUCUUAGUUUAAAGCCCGGCCCGUUGGGAUGUUUGGGUCCUGGACCAACGAAGACUGGUGCGAAAAUGCGAAAGUGCGAAAAAGUUAAAUGUUUGGUCGCAGUUCUGCAGCCACGUUGGUUGUUUUGAAUCGUGACAUCGUCGCGCAAAAGCCCGCGCUCGCCGCGCUGCACUUGGUUUGGUACCGGAGUUACCGGACCCACGUCACGAGGAAGUGCAAGGGGAGGACUCUGGACAGGAUGGAUUCAUCUGGACAGAGUAAUAGGAGCAUCAAACAUAUGUAUAUAUUUAAAAUGUUGUAUAAAAAUGUUCACUUAUAACUUUUGUAAAUAAUGUUUAUAGGUGUGAGUAUUUUCCACAUAGGGAAAAGGUCACAAAACCUUGUGUGAAAGCUGAUCUUUUUGUUCAAAUGAUUUUAUUUUUUACUCUCACACACUCGUGUAUACUGUUCGUCUCUGAUCAAAGAUCAAUAAAAUGUUGUCUGAGA